AUCAACAACAUUUGAUCAUCUAGCUCAUUAUAAAGUAUUUGAUCAUCUAGCUCAUUAUUAAGCAUUUGAUCAUUAUCAUCAGCACAAUCUGUCUUGAUCGUCAAUACCAAGACAAACCUCCGGAUUAUCAUCAGCAAUUCGAAACACAUAAUCGAAAGAUGGGAAGAGCUCCAUGCUGCGAGAAGAUGGGGUUGAAGAGAGGCCCAUGGAUGCCUGAAGAAGAUCAAAUCUUGAUCUCUUUUAUCCAUAAACAUGGCCAUAGUAACUGGAGAGCCCUCCCUAAGCAAGCUGGGCUUUUGAGAUGUGGAAAAAGCUGUAGACUUAGGUGGAUGAACUAUCUAAAGCCUGAUAUUAAAAGAGGCAAUUUCACCAAAGAAGAGGAGGAUGCUAUAAUCAGCUUGCACCAAAUCCUUGGCAAUAGAUGGUCAGCCAUUGCAGCAAAAUUGCCAGGAAGAACGGAUAAUGAGAUCAAGAACGUAUGGCACACUCACUUGAAGAAAAGACUCGAAGAUUAUCAACCUGCUAAACCUAAGACAAGCAACAAGAAGAAGGGUACUAAACCCAAAUCGCAUUCUACACCGGCGAAAUCCAACAGUACUAGAAGUGAAUCGGUGCUCGUGAAUUCAUCAAACCCUUCUUUUGAAAGUUUGUUCUCGGCAUCUCCUUCGACGAGUUAUGAGGUUUCUUCGGUGACACUCAUGAGCCACGAAGGCAAUAGCAACGAGGAUAAGAUUGAUGAUAAAUCGCGAGACAGCAGUAUUAUAACUCAAGAUCGUUGUUCUUUCGAAAAUUUCGGAGCAGACAUUGACGAGAGCUUCUGGAACGAGGCGCUUUAUAGCCAAGAUGAACACAACUACGCAUUGAACCCUGAAGCGGCUGGUUUUGAUGAGAUACAACAAGAGUUUCAGCAGAUAGGUUCUGUUGAAAAUGAGAUGGUUUUGGACAGUGAGAUGGACUUCUGGUUCGAUGUAUUGGCGAGAACCGGAGGGGAACAAGACCUAUUAGCUGGGCUCUAACUUAAAAUGUUUGAAGAGUAAAGUGUAAACUCUUAACUUUUGAUGUGAUUAAUAGUUAGUUUAUUGAAUAGAGGUUUCGUUUUGAGAAGAUUGUAUUCAUUUGUUCCUCUAAGAUUGAGUAGUUAGCUAGUUCGAGUGAUAUAAUCAAUGACAAGUAAUUAACUACUAU